AUGACAGCAGUUAGACAAUCUGGAACCAAGGGUAUACUUUAUGAUGAACGAUCUGAACUUGAAUCAGAUUCAACAAACGAAGACGAAUCUCAAACUAGCGAAGAUAGUGGUUUCGACUCAGGGAGUAACAUGGAGAUAGACGAUGACGAAGAUAUCUACUUUCAUCGUCUGUCUGGUCGUUUUUCAAAUUCGAGAUCAUGGCGGAAAGAAGAUUUUAGACCCAAGAUAUUUCAGUUCCAAAGCAACAAUUGUGGCAUAGAUGUGUACUUGAACGAUGACUCUCCGUUAGAUUUUUUCAAACUUUUUUUUAAUCAAGAGUUGAUCCAAAUUAUUGUGAACGAGACAAAUAAAUUUCAAGCAAGUGCAUCGGAUGCAUGUAAAUCGUCAUUAUCACAUCAAGCAAAAUGGUCUCCGACUGAUUCUCAAGAAAUAUACCUUUUUCUGGCUACUUUUAUGCUAAUGGCUCAUGUUAGGAAGCACAGAAUCGAAGACUAUUGGUCAACAGAUCAUCUGAUCGCAACGCCGAUGUUCAUUGAUAUCAUGCCAAGAGAUCGAUUUUUGCUAAUCUUGAAAUUCUUGCAUUUCAAUGAUAAUUCGAGUCAGUCUGAAGGAUCUGAAACAGAUAUUGUGUAUAACCGAGAGCUUGGCAUCGCAGGAUCAGUUGUGAUGAGACUUAUGCAACCGUAUCUUCUAAAAGGUCACAAUUUGUUCGUGGACAGCUGGUUCACGAGUCCGGCCCUUUUCGAAGAAUUACAUGCGAAUUCAACUGAAGCCUGCGGCACAGUAAGACAAAAUCGAUCCGGAAUGCCGAGAUUUACUGAUCAACUAGAAAAAGGUGAUUGUGAUUACCGACACACUGAUACUUUACUUGCUAUCAAAUGGUUCGAUAAAAGGGAAGUUACCAUACUUUCGACAAUACAUGAAGCAAGAUUGGGGAACAGAAAACUGAAUACUCGGGGCUGAUCGAUCAUGAUCGGCCAUCUUGUUUUCAAGUUUUAAAACUUUUGCAACACUUUUAACCCUUUGAGGACGGGGUAAGUGUACGGGACAAAUAGAAGUUUUUAAACUUUCAAACCACGUUUUUAUUUUCAUUAAUGUUAAGCACGACUCUCUAGAAACAUUUCAAAAUGUGGUAAUCUCGAAAACAAUCUAAUAUACAAAGACCAACAUUACAGUCAGCACAUUCAUAUCUGGACUCAGCUCUCUUCUUCGCUCUUUUCGUAGUAUUAGCAAGUGUUGGGAAAUGACGUCCAACUAAUCGAACUGGAUUAGCUACACCACUGGGUUGUCCUCUUGACGCUUUGGGUUUACUAUACAUGGGCACAAUUUGACGUAGCAGCUGUAGAC